AUGGAUUUCGAUACACAGGCUUACUUGCAAUCCAAAUUCUUUGGUCAACCUUUCAUGCCAACAAGCUUCACUCAAUUGACUUUUGUUGCUCAAGUAUAUUGUAAAAAUUGGUACCACGAGUUGACACCUUAUAAUGCUAUCACUCAACUUUGCACAUUAGUGAUAUUGUUGCGAUUACUUUCAUAUGUGUACGGUUUGGUCAGUCUUGUCUAUGGUUAUGGUGUAGUCAGAUCGCUUCAAUUGGCUAAGCAUCGCAUUGGCAGUAGGCUUUUUAAAUUUAUACUAUCUUUGCCACCCUUAAAGAAGAAAGUUGACUUGGAAGUUGGCGCAACUACCUUAAAGAUAGAGGAAGAAUUAAUGCAGAAUUCCAGCGAACUCAUCCAAUUCCUGCAAUUACCGGCAUCGGGACUCUCUCACCAAGAGGUGACUGCGCAACUUGAUUCUCUUCAUAAUUCACUUAAAGGGACUGAUUGGGCAAACGGAAGAGUUUCAGGUGCAGUUUAUCAUGGUGGGGACUCUCUUUUGGAACUUCAAACUGAAGCUUAUCAUAAAAACUCUGUAGCUAAUCAAUUGCACCCAGAUGUUUUCCCUGGAGUUAGAAAAAUGGAAGCUGAAGUUGUAUCUAUGGUUUUGAAGAUUUUUAACGGUCCUGAAGAGUCAUGUGGGUGUACCACAUCUGGCGGAACUGAAUCUUUGCUUUUGACAGGAUUAGCUGCAAGACAAUACGGCCGCAAAUAUGGUGGGGUAACUGGUACCCCAGAGAUUAUUGCCCCUGUCACUAUUCACGCUGGUAUAGAAAAAGCAUGCUACUAUUUUGGAAUGAAGUUGCACAAGGUUGAAUUGGACCCAGUUACUUACAAGGUGAACUUGUCUACAGUUAAGAGAUUAAUUAACAGAAAUACUGUCCUAUUAGUAGGUUCUGCUCCAAAUUUUCCUCAUGGUAUUAUUGAUGACAUUGAAGGAUUGGGUAAAUUGGCCACUAAGUACAAUAUCCCCUUACACGUGGAUGCAUGCUUAGGUUCUUUCAUUGUCUCAUUUCUUGAAAAGUCUGGAGUCCAUGGCAAAGAUACAAAAAUUCCUAAGUUCGACUUCAGAGUCCCUGGAGUUACAUCAAUUUCUUGUGACACCCACAAGUACGGGUUUGCUCCUAAGGGUUCAUCAAUUAUAAUGUACCGUUCCCUGAAGCUUCGCGAGUGUCAAUAUUACAUACUGACAGAUUGGACGGGUGGGAUGUACGGAUCCCCUACGUUGGCUGGAUCAAGGCCUGGUGCGAUUAUGGCGGGAUGCUGGGCCACCCUUGUGACAAUUGGAGAAGAGGGAUAUAAGAAAUCUUGUUUCGAGAUAGUUCAAGCUUCAAUGAAAUUAAAACGCACUAUUACGGAGAAGAUACUUGCAUUGGAAGUGAUUGGAGAUCCAAUCGGAUCAGUUGUUGCGUUUAAAAUAACUGACAAGUUCGCCAAAGUUCUUGACAUAUAUGAACUUGGAGACAGCUUAACCAAGAAAGGAUGGCAUUUUUCAACCUUACAACUGCCAGCAGCCUUACAUUUUGCACUUACAAGAUUGACGGUUCCUAUCAUAGAUGAGUUAAUCAGAGAUUUGGAGCAGACUGUCGAUGAAAAAGUCAAAGAAGCUCAAUCGCAGCCUGAGAAAGAGUCAAAGAAACCCAAGAGUGAAUUGGGGGCACUUUAUGGAGUUGCAGGAUCCGUUCAAACCGCUGGAGUCGCUGACAGGCUUAUUGUUGCAUUUUUGAAUACUCUCUACAAAGUCGACCAACCUAAGAAAAGUGGUGUUUGA